AUGAUGUUUUUGCUACCACUUUUUCUGCUGUAUUUGGAAAUAAAUGGACAGUGCUUUGAUAAAAAACAAUUGAAAACAAUGAAUGAAACCGAUGAUGAACCGAUAAUUCUCAAGAAUCCUGGGUACCCGGAAAAACACCGGGAGAGCAUUGAUUGCGAUUGGAUUAUUAAACCACCGCCAAAUCAUCAAUUGACGCUCAGUAUCGACAAUCUUCAGCUGCAUAUUAGUCGUUCCAGCAGCUACAUGCACGUCAACGAAAUUUUGUCAGUAAACGGAAGUGAAGUGGAAAUCCCAAUAGCACGG